AUGAUGCUAUAUAUCGAUCUAUCAAUAGCACAUCUGUGCGAAAAUAACAAUAUUAACCCUGCUGAAGAGGUUAAUGAACUUUGUGUUGAAACAAGUGACGGAACUUUCAAGACUCUGUGGUCAAUGAACAUUCUUCCUAAAUGGAAAUUGUUCUUGUGGAAGCUUCUUCACAAUGGUAUCGCUACAAAGGUUAAUCUUGGGCGAAGAGGGAUUCAACUUUCUGUGAUGUGUGACCUUUGUGGUGCAGCGGAAGAGGAUAUUCAACAUCUUUUUCGCUUUUGUGUUAUUGCUCAACAAGUUUGGAGUAGUGGAACUUUAGGUAUCCAUUCAGAACUCAACGAAACCAUGUCUUUCAAAGAAUGGUUUCUGUUUUAUAUCCGACUAUUCCAACGUCAGGAUGGAAAGAAUAGCCCAAGAUGUACUUACUUCAUUAGUACUAUUUGGGGUUUGUGGCUAGCUAGGAACAACCGCAUUUUUAGAAAUGAGGCUACCACUGUUUCAGUUGUUUUUGCUUUCAUUAAGAUUGGCUUGGAUCAACAUGGAAUACUACAACCACAGGUUAGGCCUUUUGUAAGGCAUCUGCAUCCACCAGAGGGGAAUAUUACUUUCCCACCGGGUUUCUUCAGGGUUAUUUUAGCUGGAGUUGAAGAUCAAGGUCCGAUUUCCACAAUUGUGAUUGAUGGUUCCUGGCACAAGAACACAAAAAAUGCAGGUAUGGGUUGGUUUCUUGAGAACCAACAUAUUCCGAAUGAUAGAAUUUUAGGGGGAGCUCAAGCAGGAACAUCAGAAUCUGCUCUUCAGACAGAGGUUUUGGCUUGUCUUCUCAGUUUACGGUGGGCAUCUCAAGCAGGGAUUGGAAGAGUUACAAUUCUUUCAGACUCUCAUCGGUUGGUUGAAUUGUUACAUUCGGAUGCUACUAUGGACAUUCAACUCAUUUGGACGCUUGCUGAAAUUCGGAGGACUGGCAAGACCUUUAACUGGUGUUGCAUCAAUAAGGUGGAUCGAGACCGAGUUCAAGAUGCGCAUGAUUUAGCGAAAGCGGCUUCAACCUAUCUUUUGUCUUUUAGUAAUUUUCCGUUUUCUUUUAGUUGUUUGUAG